CUGAAUUCGAGGAUCUGCUUGGUUUAGCUUAGACACAUUUGAGCGCGUAUUGUCAAGCAGCUUUGUUGAUAUCGGUACUCUGCUGCAGAAGUUUCUCAAGGCAUUUAUGAACUUUUGACUCAAAUGUUGAUGGAAACCUCGAGAUUGAAGUAGGUGGAAGCAUUAUACAAUAAUGGGUGGCCUUUGCUCUAGAAGAGCCACCAGUGAGAAUACAACAGGUCGUUCCAUACCACAUGUCAACGGUCACUUCAACUAUGGUGCUGGAACAGUUUAUCAGUCGCAUAGAUUGCCCUCACAGGCAAAUAAUGAUUCUGUGCAAUCUCCACUGGGGGAAAGCACAGAAAAUCAACCAAGUGAACCAGUGUUCUCUUUUCCAGAGUUGAAUGCAGCUUCCCAUGGGGUUGAUAUGGAUGCUAUCAAUGAUGGAAUUCCUCGAUUGUCUAGGGUUUUAUCAAAUAAAACCAGACCAACAAGGUCAAAGCAAGUUGCCAUGGCAAAGGUUUCAGAAGUGAGUUCACUUUUGGGCAGAGCUGGUACAGUGGGGCUUGGCAAGGCAGUAGAUGUGUUGGAUACUCUUGGUAGCAGCAUGACAAAUUUAAACCUAAGUGGUGGCUUUGCAUCUAGCAUGGCAACCAAGGGAAAUCAAAUUUCCAUUUUGGCAUUUGAAGUUGCAAAUACAAUUGUCAAGGGUGCCAAUCUUAUGUAUUCCCUUUCAAAUGAGAACAUUAAGCAUUUGAAGGAAGUGGUUCUCCCUUCUGAAGGUGUGCAGCUGUUGAUAUCAAAAGAUAUGGAUGAGCUCUUCAGAAUUGCUGCAGCAGACAAAAGGGAUGAACUGAAAAUAUUCUCUUGUGAAGUGGUUCGCUUUGGAAAUAGUUGCAAAGAUCCUCAAUGGCACAACUUAGACCGUUACUUUGAGAAGUUGGAAUCAGAAUUGACACCUCAUAAACAACUAAAAGAAGAAGCUGAGACUCUGAUGCUGCACUUAAUGACCUUGGUACAGUAUUCAGCAGAACUGUACCAUGAAUUGCAUGCAUUGGACAGAAUUGAACAAGAUUGUCGACGUAAAGCCCAAGAAGAGGAUACUUCAAAUGCUACUCAGAAAGGAGAUAGCCUUGCAAUUUUGAGAGCAGAGUUGAAAAGUCAAAAGAAACAUGUUAAAAGUUUGAAAAAGAAGUCUCUCUGGUCGAAGAUAUUGGAAGAGGUGAUGGAAAAGCUUGUGGACAUUGUCCACUUCCUCCAUUUGGAGAUCCAUGCUGCGUUUGGCAACACUGAUGGAGACCGACCAAUAAAAAACAACCAUCAGAGAUUAGGAUCUGCUGGUCUUGCAUUACAUUAUGCAAAUAUCAUUACUCAGAUUGAUACGCUUGUCACACGAUCCGGUUCGGUGCCCCCAAAUACAAGAGAUGCUUUAUACCAAGGGUUGCCACCAAGCAUUAAGUCAGCUUUGCGAUUCAAAUUACAAUCCUUCCAGCUCAAGGAAGAGUUAACUGUGCAACAAAUCAAGGCUGAAAUGGAGAAAACGCUGCAGUGGCUUGUUCCCAUGGCAACCAACACAACCAAGGCCCACCAUGGCUUUGGAUGGGUUGGAGAAUGGGCAAAUACAGGGAAACCUGCUGGACAGACUGAUCUACUUCGAAUUGAGACACUAUAUCAUGCUGAUAAGGAGAAAACUGAAGCUUAUAUUCUUGAACUGGUGGUGUGGCUUCACUAUCUUGUCACUCAGUCGAGAAGUUCUACAAAUGGCGGAAUCAGAUCUCCAGUGAAAUCUCCAUGCUGUUACCCUAAUCAAAAGAUGAAUCAGUUAACACACAAGCCAAGUUCUCCAUCUUCCACAUUAACAAUUGAAGACCAAGAGAUGCUUCGAGAUGUAAGCAAGAGAAAACUGACACCCGGAAUUAGCAAGUCCCAAGAAUUCGAUACUGCAAGAACUAGGUUGAGCAAGUUCCACAGGCUGAGCAAGAGUAGUAACCAUUCCCCUAUACGUGAAACCAAGAAGGACCCCUUUCCCAUUAGGAGACCGUCUUCUGUUCCAGUGAUCAAUUUUGACAUUGAUAGACUCAAAGCUUUGGAUGUCAUUGAUAGAGUGGACACAAUCCGAGGUACAUAAUGGUAAACUGAUAUAGCUGGGUUGGCAGAGAGGGGAUCCUUUAUUUGAGGCAUCAUUUUCUGCUGCAUUUGGUUAUCUUCUUUAUGCUAAUGGCUGCGUUUCUGCAUGAGCCGAUCAUUUUCCUCUGCUGCCGUUGUAUUAUGGCCUAGUUUGUGAUGGGGAACCAGUUAUCAGAAUAGCGUUCAAAAUCUGCUAUCUGUUCUGGUGCAAAUUUUCUGGUAAAUUUAGGGUACUAUGAUGAGUGAAAGUAUUCUGGCCUGUUUUGGUAUUGUCUGGUCUCUGUGCUUGCAAGAGCUGGUGGAUAGGUUUGAUAGAGAUUUGAGCUUUUUAGG